UGGUAGAUCUAGGAGCAGAAGAUAUGGUCUCGUCGAUGCGCGUUUCAGAUAAUGCUUGGCUCUCUUGGGUUAUGGAAUCAAUGGAGUCCAGGCAGCUCCCUUCAAGAUUCGUCUUCCUCUUCUUCGCUUCCCUUUCCUGGGUAAUCCCUGACAUGGCCAUGGCUCAAGCUUCUACAGAUCCGCUUGAAGUACAAGCUUUGAACCGUAUAUUCCAACAAUGGAACCUGGCUGCGCCGCGGAACAAGUGGAACAUCAGCGGAGAACCAUGCAGUGGCGUUGCCCUCUCUGAUACCAGCAUCGAUGACACCGACAACCUGCCGUACAUCAAAUGCGAUUGUUCUUAUGACAGUGGUUCCACCUGUCAUAUCACUGAACUGAAGAUCUAUAUGCUGAACGUGGUGGGUACGAUUCCGGAGGAGCUAUGGAGUCUGAGUUACCUCACAUAUUUGAACUUGGGUCUGAAUCUCUUGACGGGUUCAAUAUCGGCGCAGGUCGGCAAUCUGAGUCGCAUGCAAUACUUGAGCCUUAAUGCCAAUGUGUUCUCCGGGGAGCUUCCGAACGAGAUCGGACGCCUUACUGAGCUGCUAGCAGUGUCAUUCGCAGAAAAUAACUUCUCUGGUUCUCUACCACGCACUCUUGGAAAUCUCUCAAAGUUACAAAAGUUAUACUUCUCUAGCUCAGGAAUCAGCGGCGCGAUUCCUUCAUCUUAUGCAAAUCUUACAGAUAUAAAUACCCUGUGGGCAUCUGACAAUAAUCUCACAGGCUCCAUCCCUGACUUCAUAGGAAACUGGCUCAAACUUACUGAGCUGAGGCUGCAAGGCAAUUCUUUUGCCGGUCCAAUACCAUCAACCUUUUCCAAAUUAACCUCUUUAAAAGAAUUGAGAGUCUCCAAGAUUUCUGGUGGCUUCUCUACGCUAGAAUUUCUGAAGGAUAUGGGGAAUCUCCCAACUUUAGUUUUGAGGAAUAACCAAAUUUCUGAUACUAUUCCACCAUAUAUCAGUAAUAAUAAAAAUUUAGAGCACCUAGACUUAAGCUUCAAUUAUCUACAUGGAUCAAUUCCAGAUUCCAUAUUCACAUUAGGUUCACUUUCUUAUUUGUCUCUCGGAAGGAAUAAGUUGAGUGGAGCCCUCCCCUCAAAGAAAGGCAUCUCUCUUGUUUAUAUAGAUGUCUCUUACAAUAACUUAUCUGGCAACUUUCCUCCUUGGGUCAAGGAAAAUAUUCAAACUAACUUCGUUGCCAACUACUUCACAGCAGAAAGUUCAAAUAGUGGGGAAUUGCCAUCGGGAUGGAUUUGCCUUCAACGACCUUUUCGUUGCAGCCAAGACACUGGAGUCAGUAAGUUAGAUUUUGCAAUCAAUUCUGGGGGUCCACAAGUGGGAAUCUCUGAUGGAACUUUGUUUGAGGCUGACGAUAACAACGGCAUUGGUCCAGCUUCGUUUUUCAUUAGUGAGACAAAGAGAUGGGCACUUAGCAAUGUUGGGAUUUUUGACAAUGCUACCAACUACCAAUUCACAUGUUCAACCUCCAAUGCCAACUUGAAAAUGCCGGACCAAGCUCUCUUCCAAACAACAAGGACAUCCACGUCAUCACUGAGAUACUAUGGGUUGGGACUCCAGAAUGGCAACUACACAGUGAAUCUUGGUUUUGCAGAAACAGCUUUUCCAGAUGAUAACCAGUGGACUAGUUGGGGAAGGCGUAUCUUUGAUAUAUAUAUUCAGGGGAAUUUGGUGCUUAAAGACUUUGACAUUAGAGAGGAGGCAGGUGGAAGGUCUUUCGAAGCUGUCGAGAAGGUAAUUAAGGUUCAGGUAUCUGAAAACUUUGUUGAGAUUCACUUCUUUUGGGCUGGAAAAGGGACAUGCUGUGUGCCUAUUAGAGCUACGUAUGGACCAUCUAUUUCAGCUAUCCAUGUUAGUCCAGAUUUUACACCUACUUCUCUGGACAAGAGGAAGAAUAUGAUGCCUUUGGUCGUAGUUAUUGCAGUUAGUGUUGGAGUCAUGUUCUUUCUAUCUACUUCGGUAGCUUUUUAUUUUCUCAGAAUAAGGAAAAGGCCAAGCUCCAAAAAAGAGACAGAUGUCAUGAGAGUUGCUACAGGGGCAUUGACUUUCAACUAUUCAGAGCUACACAAUGCUACAAAUGGUUUCAGCCUUGCCAAUAAGCUGGGCCAGGGUGGUUUUGGAAUUGUUUAUAAGGGAACACUUGGUGAUGGGAGAGUUGUUGCUGUGAAGAAACUCUCUGCAACAUCCGACCAAGGAAAGAAUCAGUUUCUAGCAGAAAUUGUGACGAUAUCUGCUGUUCAACAUCGCAACCUCGUAAAGUUGUAUGGAUGCUGUGUACGUGGUGAUAAACGCCUCCUCGUGUAUGAGUUUCUAGAGAACAGUAGCCUCGAUCGUGCCUUAUUUGGUCAGUGUCGAUACUCUGCAUUUUAUGGAUAUUCCCAUCUAUGCAAAAAUGCUAGACACAAUAUUACUAAUGACAUGAAUGGGACAGGGAAAACAAGCCUUCUUGUUGACUGGGGCACUCGUUAUGGUAUAUGCUUGGGCAUAGCACGAGGACUAGCUUACCUUCAUGAAGAAUCAAGAGUUAGAAUUGUGCACAGAGAUGUGAAGGCCAGCAAUAUUCUACUUGAUUCAAGUCUUAACCCAAAAAUUUCGGACUUUGGAUUGGCGAAGCUUUACAAUGAUAAAAUGACUCACAUAAGCACUAGAAUUGCAGGGACAAUUGGGUAUCUGGCACCGGAGUAUGCGAUGCGCGGGCACCUAACUGAGAAGACUGAUGUCUUUGCCUUUGGCGUGGUGGCUUUAGAGAUUGUUGGUGGAAAGCCAAAUUGUGCAUCUGAAGAAGAGGCAUCUCUGCUUGAGUGGGCCUGGCACCUGUAUGAGAAUGAGCGUCAGGUCAAACUAGUGGACCCUAGAUUAUCAGAAUUCGACGAGGAGGAAGUUAAAAAAUUGAUUCACGUGGCCCUCCUUUGCACCCAGAUGCAGCCGUCUCUAAGGCCACCGAUGUCCAGUGUAGUAGCGAUGCUUCUGGGCCGUACUAAUGUCAUUCCUAUGCCUUCAAAGCCAGGUUACUUGACUGACAACAUGUUUGGCAGUUUUGUCAAUUUGAUGAGCGGAACAGUGAUGGAGGGGAACUUGCGCAACGACGACUCAAUCUCCAAAUAUGAGCCUGGCCAACACUGGAGAAGAGUCACUUCUGGGCCAUCAAGCCGAUCCUAUGGGAAAUCCAGAAAGCCUAGUGAUGAAGCAGCUGAAUCGAAGCAAUCGCAUGACUUGACGUGAGAUUUGAAGAUUAAUCCGAGGCAUUAUUCGAUGUCUAGAGACCGCAUUAAGAACGAAUAUCGACAAUGUGUCAUUUCUUUCACAGUAUUGACCAGUUGUUUCAUCAAUCCGGCGACAGUUUCGGGGAAGGCGUCGGUUAAGCAAAGCUAUUUUGCAUCUAUAGGUAAGGGAAAAUAAACAAUGAUCUGGUUACUAACAUCUAGUGUCAUAGAAAAGCAAAGUCUGGAGUUUUCUUAUUGAAUUCAAGUCAACGACCAUUGAAGGGUUGACCGAUCACUGCAUCACCUGUCUAAUGCGUACAUUUGCCAUCUUAAUUUGUUGGAACAAGAACAUCAAAUUCACACGUA